AUGUCAUCGAAGGUCGAGUCCAGCGUGAUUCAAACUAGCAACCUAGAGGAGAAAACCCCAGUGGAGGAGUACUUCUUUGAAGGAGCGGAGAAAUUGCUUGAAUUGUGGUUUGCUAAUAGUAGCGGCAGAAGCGGUUCUCUGCGUCGCAUACCGAGGUAUGAGCUUGACGCAAUGCUUAACAUUGCCCAGUGCAAAGUUCUUCACUCAGCUCACACUGAAUUCAUUGACAGCUACGUUCUCAGUGAAAAGCAGCCUUUUUGUAUCGGAACGUCGUUUGAUUUUUGA